AUGUCGGGGCUGCCCACUAGCCUGGAGCCCCUGCGCCCAGAGCAGAGCGCGCUGGAGGCGUCGCGCGCUCGCUUGGUGCUGGGGCUGGACGUGGGCAGCUCUAUGAUCCGCUGCCACGUCUAUGACCGGACGGCGCGGGUCUGCGGCUCCAGCGCGCAGAAGGUAGAAAAUCUUUAUCCUCGAGUUGGCUGGGUUGAAAUUGAUCCUGACAUUCUCUGGACUCAAUUUGUUGCUGUAAUAAAAGAUGCUAUCAAAGCUGCAGGAGCACAGACGAACCAGAUUGUUGGUCUUGGUAUAUCCACACAGAGAGCAACUUUCAUUACGUGGAAAGGAAAUCAUUUUCACAACUUUAUUAGUUGGCAAGACCUAAGAGCAAUUGAACUUGUAAAAUCCUGGAAUAAUUCUCUUGUAAUGAAGUUCCUGCACAUCCUGCUGCACUUCUUCACUAGAAGUAAGCGACUCCUAGCAGCCAGUCGGUUCACCUUCACCACCCAGCAGGCUUCUUUGCGAUUGGCCUGGAUUUUACAGAACCUGACAGAGGUACAGAAGGCAGUUGAAGAAGAAAAUUGUUGCUUUGGGACUAUUGAUACCUGGUUGCUAUACAAGCUCACAAAAGGUUCUCAGUAUGCCACGGAUUUUUCAAAUGCCAGUACAACUGGACUUUUUGAUCCAUAUGAAAUGUGUUGGAGCAGGCUCAUUACCUCCAUGAUUUCCGUACCACUCUCUCUCCUGCCUCCCGUGAAGGACACCAGCCACAAUUUUGGAUCAGUGGAUGAAGAGAUAUUUGGUGUGCCUAUACCAAUAGUUGCCUUGGUCGGCGACCAGCAAUCAGCCAUGUUCGGAGAGUGCUGCCAGACAGGAGAUGUAAAAUUAACCAUGGGAACUGGGACUUUUUUGGAUAUUAAUACUGGAAACGACCCUCAACAUACUGUUGGAGGCUUUUAUCCAUUGAUCGGGUGGAAAAUUGGACAAGAAGUUGCAUGCUUAGCUGAAGGCAAUGCAGGAGACACUGGAAGUGCCAUAAAAUGGGCUCAGCAAUUAGAUCUUUUCACAGAUGCUGCUGAGACUGAAAAAAUGGCCAAAAGUUUGGAAGAUUCUGAAGGAGUUUAUUUUGUUCCAUCUUUUAGUGGAUUACAGGCUCCAUUAAAUGACCCCUGUGCAUGUGCUUCUUUUAUGGGUUUGAAGCCUUCUACCAAUAAACACCAUCUUGUCUGAGCAAUACUGGAGUCAAUAGCUUUCAGAAACAAACAAUUAUAUGAGAUGAUGCAGAAAGAGAUCCAUAUUCCUGUUACAAAUGUCCGGGCAGAUGGAGGAGUUUGUAAGAACGGUUUUGUCAUGCAGAUGACUUCAGACCUGAUUAAUGAGAAUAUGGACAGACCAGCCCACUUUGACAUAUCCUGUUUGGGUGCUGCUUCUCUUGCUGGCCUUGCUGUUGGGUUUUGGACUGACAAGGAGGAACUAAAGAAAUUGAAGCAAAGUGAAAUGGUUUUCAAGCCGCAGAAGAAAUGUCAAGAAUAUGAAAUGAAUAUGGAAAACUGGGUCAAAGCAGUGAAACGCCCCAUGAAUUGGUAUAACAAGACAUAA